CCAGACAGUAUUAAAUAGGAAGUCUAGCAACCAAUAUGUAUUAUUACAGUACAUUUCUAGUUUUGGUUGUAAUCAACUUCGCAUGGUCAGCCCCAUCUACACGGACGGAAACAGAUCCGGAGCUGACGGCUGGAUUUAUUGAGGGUGAUAUGGUGCCCAGUGGAUCCUCGAGAAAUAUUUGGCGCAAUGAAACGUAUAGAUGGCCCAAUCGCAUCGUCUAUUAUCACAUUAAUAGCUAUAUUGAUGAAGAACACCGUAACCACAUCGUGAGCGCUAUUCAGAAAAUUGAAUCCAUUUCCUGCCUGACCUUUAAAGAGGCCACCACUGAUCAGAAGUAUUAUGUAAAUGUGACUUCCGAGGAGGGCGGUUGUUUUUCCUACAUCGGUUAUCUGAACCGCGUUCAACAACUGAAUCUCCAGAACAACGAAAUAGGGGUCGGAUGUUUCCGCUUGUAUACGAUUGUACAUGAGUUCCUGCAUGCCCUUGGAUUUUUCCACCAGCAGAGUGCCGCCGAUCGAGAUGAUUAUGUGAAAAUUGUGGAGGAGAAUAUCACCGAAGGCAUGGAGUUUAACUUUGAUAAAUAUGCCGAGGAAACCGUCAACGAUUUUGGUGAAAAAUACGACUAUGGUAGUGUAAUGCACUAUGGUCCCUAUGCAUUUUCCAAGAACGGCGAGAGGACAAUAGUGGCUCUGGAGGAAGGAAAGGAAGAUGUAAUUGGCCAGAGGCUGGAGCUGAGUGAAACCGAUAUCAGAAAGCUAAAUGUCAUGUACAAAUGCCCCUCCGCCAGAAAAUGAGUUCUUUUUAUCCAACGUUCAUUCGGAAAUUUCUACAGGCUUUUGCAACGUAAUGAUGAUAAAUUUCAUUUUAUUAUUGUCACCUUUUUUCGCGAAAAAUAUAAUCUCUUUUUUGUGUUGACAAAUUCAAUUAGGAGAAUGUUCGUCGCUGUCAUUUGCUUCCGGAUUAACUUUGACACUGAUUUUCUAUAUUUUGGGGUGGGAAGACAAUGUAACUUUGAUUGACACUGGGUGUGUUUCAAGAUGAAAUUGCGCAAUGGGAGAGGACGAAGUUGUUUAGCCGUUGUUAUAUAGAAAUCGAAAGAAUAUUACAGGUGAUUUGGGUAAGAAAUUUUCACCAGUAAAUAAUGAUACAUUACAGUUAAGAAGAUUAAAUAUUGUAUUCCUUAAA